AUGAAACAGUUCUGGGAAAUCGAAGAUAUCCCCAAAGAGGACGUCAAAUCGUUUGAGAAAGCUGAGGCGGAGAAAUCCUUUGACACAACUGUCACUCGAACUAAAGAAGGGAGAUAUCAAGUUCAACUUCCUCUCAAUGAGAACAUUCAGGUCUUACAUUCCAAUCGAAAUCAAGCAUUGCGUCAAUUCUCGCAACUUGAACGCCGACUUGAUAAGAACUUGACUCUCAAAGAAUUAUACUUAACUGUAUUUCGUGAGUAUUUACAGUUGGGAAUUAUUGAACGGGUCCCUGCAAACCAAUUGUUUGCUCCUUCAAUACCAAAAUACUACAUGCCACAUCACUGCGUGAUUAGGGAAAAUGCGUUGUCCACCAAAGUUAGACCAGUAUUUAAUGCAAGUUCCGUCACAGCGUCAGGUGUGAGUCUCAAUGACUGCUUGCAUGUGGGACCUAUCGUUCAGCCCCUUCUGAUUUCAAUCCUUUGGAGAUUUAGGAUGCAUAAAUAUGCAUUAACUUGCGACAUUGUUAAAAUGUAUUUGCAGGUUGAGCUUCACCCUUCCCAUAGAGACCUGCAAAGAUUCGUGAUCAGACUCGACAAUGAAAUCGAAGAUUUUCGAUUUACACGGGUUUGUUUCGGGGUUGCCAGCUCUCCAUUUUUGGCAACUAGGGUUCUCAUGCAGUUGGCAGAAGACGAAGGUAAUCGAUACCCAGCUGCAGCUAAAGUCAUUCGCGAGAAUACCUAUCCCAGCAAACAUUUUCUUACGAUUGUUGGAACUUAA